GGCCUUUACUCUCUGCUUCCGAGUUCCCGGUGGAGAUGGCGGAGGCGACGGGAGAGGAGAUCGCUGUGGGCUGUAUCGGGGCCGGGAAGAUGGCGAGGGGAGUUCUGGGAGGCCUACUGAUCACCGGUAAGGUUCCAGCAAAGAACCUCACAGUGAGCGCCCCGACCGACACCAACCUGCAGUAUUUCCGGGAUCGCGGCUGCAGCGCCACCCAUUCCAACGCCGCCGUGGUGUCCAAGUGUCGCGUGAUCUUCCUGGCCACCAAACCGCACAUUAUUCCCGCCGUCCUGCAGGAGGUCUCGUCUGCGUUCACGCCAGACCAUGUGAUCAUUUCCAUGGCUGCCGGGGUGUCGCUCCAAACCCUGGAGAAGCGUCCCCCCGUUACCCUAAUGACCAGGUUCCUCCGUAUGAGUCCUAACCUGCCGUUGGUGAUCCAGGAGGGGGCGGUGGUCUACGCCCGCGGGUCCUGUGCAGGGCAGAAGGAGGCGGACUUGUUGAAGAGCCUUCUGUCUGAUUGUGGAAUGUGUGAGGAGACCCCGGAGAGCUACAUCGAUAUCCACACCGGGCUCAGCGGCAGCGGGGUGGCCUAUGUUUACCUGUUUGCGGAGGCUCUGGCGGACGGCGCUGUUAAGAUGGGGAUGCCGAGCGCCUUGGCUAGUCGCAUUGCAGCCCAGACCUUGCUGGGCGCCGCAAAGAUGAUCAUACAAAGCGGAGAGCACCCCGCCAAGCUACGCUCAGAUGUCUGCACUCCCGGAGGCACCACCAUACACGGACUCCAUGAACUGGAGAAGGGGGCCCUGAGGGCCACAGUAAUAAACGCCGUGGAAGCUGCAACAAAGCGGGCACGUGACCUGGACAAACGCUGACCGCUCUACGGA